GCAAUCUCUGAAAGCGUGUGUGUGUGUGUGUGUGUGUGUGUGUGUGUGUGUGUGUGUGUGUGUGACCAUGGUGCUAUAAAAGGUGAGCAGAUGUGCCAGAGAAGAUCCAGGAGGUUUCAAACAAACCAUGAGCAGGGAUUUGAAGGCAACAUAACAUAAAAAGAUGUACUCCAUCAGAUGUCUGCCCAUGGUGGCUCACCGCGAGCAACGUGAGGAAGACGGAGUGGAGGACAUGACACAACUUGAGGAAAUGCACGAAGGGGCUGUUCUUCAGAACCUGAGGAAAAGGUUUCAACGAGAGUUUAUUUAUACAUACAUAGGUAGUAUUCUGGUUUCUGUAAACCCUUAUAAGAUGUAUAACAUCUAUGGGACGGACAUGGUGCUGAAGUACAAGGGCUGCGCCUUGGGCGAGAAUCCCCCACAUUUGUUUGCCAUUGCAAACGCUGCUUAUUCCAAAAUGAUGGAUGCCAAACACUACCAGGUCAUAAUAAUCAGUGGGGAGAGCGGUUCCGGCAAAACAGAGGCCACCAAACUAGUUCUUCGCUACCUGGUAGCUUUACAUCAAACAUGCAAGCUUUCUCAACAGAUACUUGAGGCCGCUCCUCUGCUGGAAUCUUUUGGAAAUGCCAAAACUGUACGUAACGAUAAUUCCAGCCGCUUCGGGAAAUACAUGGAAAUCUUUGUGGAGGAUGGUGGGAUCCAUGGUGCCAUAACUUCUCAGUAUCUUCUGGAAAAGUCUCGCAUUGUCUUUCAGGCCAAAGAUGAGAGGAACUAUCAUAUAUUCUACGAGAUGCUAGCAGGUCUGCCAUCACAGCAGAAACAGACUUUCUAUCUCCAGGAGGCUGAGACUUACUAUUACCUCAACCAGGGAGGGGAUUGUAGGAUCACGGGAAAGGAUGAUGCUGAGGACUUCCAGCGUUUGCUUGCCGCCAUGGAGAUCCUUCACUUCAGCCCGGACGACCAGUCGGCCAUCUUAAGAGUGCUGUCUUCCAUAUUGCACUUGGGCAAUGUCUACUUCCAGAAGUAUCAGAAUGACGGCCAGGAGGUGGCGACAGUGGUGAGUGCUCAGGAGAUCCGAGUGGUCGCAGAGCUGCUGCAGAUCUCUCCAGAAGGCCUUCAGAAAGCCAUCACCUACAAAGUCACGGAGACAAUGAGGGACAAGAUUUACACGCCGCUGACUGUGGACAGCGCUGUCGAUGCCAGAGAUGCUGUUGCCAAGAUCUUGUACUCCCUGCUCUUCCACUGGCUGACAGAGAGGAUCAACACUCAGGUGUAUCCUCGCCAACACACUCUCUCCAUCUCCAUCCUGGACAUUUACGGAUUUGAGGAUCUAGUAUACAACAGCUUUGAGCAGCUGUGCAUUAAUUAUGCCAACGAGUAUCUGCAGUUCUUCUUUAACAAGAUCAUUUUCAGGGAGGAACAGGAGGAGUACAGCAGGGAGCAGAUUCCCUGGCAGGACAUUCCGUUUGAUGACAACCAGCCCUGCAUUGACCUCAUCGCCGCAAAGCCUCAUGGGAUACUGAGAAUACUGGACGACCAGAGCUGUUUCCCACAGGCGACGGAUCAUACCUUUCUCCAAAAGUGUCACUAUCACCAUGGCAACAGCCCACUGUAUGUGAAGCCAAAGAUGCCCCUCCCCGAGUUCACCAUCAAGCAUUUUGCCGGGCGUGUCAGCUAUCAGGUCUACAAGUUCCUGGAUAAAAACUACGAUCAGGUCCGUCAAGAUGUCCUGGACUUGUUCAUUCAGAGCAGGAACAAGAUGGUGUCAAACCUCUUCCUGGCUCACGCGGAGGUCAUAGGUCAGCAGAAAGGGAAAAGCAGCACGAUCAGCAGGAAAUAUCAAGCGUCCACAGUCAGCAGCAAGUUCCAGCAGUCUCUCCUCCAGCUGGUGGACAAGAUGGAGAGAUGCAACCCCUUUUUCGUCCGCUGCAUUAAGCCAAAUAACACAAAGCAUCCAGGUGCCUUUGACGACCACCUGGUCAAAGCUCAGCUGAGACACUCGGGUGUCAUGGAGACCAUCAGGAUCCGCAAAGAAGGCUAUCCUGUCAGAAUGCCCUUCUCUGUCUUCCUGUUCAGAUAUAAGUCCCUGGUGGGAAUCCUCCAGCUUCCAGCAGCGACUGGAGACAACUGUGUGACGCUCCUCAGUAAACUGUGUCCUCUCACAGCAGGAGACUACCAUGUCGGGGUCACAAAGUUGUUUGUGAAGGAAGCCAUCUACCAGUUGUUGGAGUGCAAGCGGGAGUGCUGUCGCCAGCUUGCUGCGCUCACCUUGCAGCGCUACGCUCGCAUGUACUUGGUCAGGAAACGCUAUGUGGACCUGCGCAACAUGAUCAUUGGGCUGCAGGCGCAUUGCAGAGGUUUUCUCACAAGGAGACACUGUGUGAAAAUGAGGAACAACCUGGUUCGCUUCCGAUCCCUGGUCCACUUGUACGUCAGCCGUAAACGACACAUCAAGAUGAAGGUGGUCGCCCACAGGAAAGCUGAGGAGGAGAUGAAGAAGAGAGAGAUGGAUGUGAUGAAGAGGGAGGUGGUGAACGUCACACACUUGCUGAUCCCAGCACAGCUUGGUGCUUUACUGCAAGCAGCAGCAGUCAGGAGAGAGUUGCACUACGACUGCUUGGCUUUGCUGCAGGCUCCUCAUAUCCAGGAGUCGUCCUCCAGUCAACUCACUCUGCCUCUGGACAUCAACAACUACCCCUUUGAUCACUACGUGCUGAGAUACUUCCGAGAGCCCAAGUUUGGUAUGUUGAUGGCCCCCUUGGAGACACCCCUUACUUGCAUAGAAGAGGACCUCAAGGGAGAAGCGCUGCAGAUUUUCAACAUGAUACUGCGCUUCAUGGGGGACCCUCACCUGAACGGCGCGCAGGAGAACAUGUUUGGCGAUUACAUCAUCCAGAGAGGUCUGUCCUCUCCAGGGUUGAGGGACGAGAUCUUGGCUCAGGUCGUCAACCAGGUGUGGAGGAACGUCAAUGGCGACAACGCGGAGAGAGGCUGGCUGCUGCUGCUUGCAUGCGUCUGCUGCUUUGCGCCGUCACCGCUGAUGGAUCCAUAUCUGCUCAAGUUUGUUUCUGACCACGCCCCCUUUGAGUGCCAAGCAUUGCUGCAGCACAGACUCAUCCAAGCCAGUGAGAAGAUGCAGCUUAGCUGGGGGUCAGCGCGCACCUACCCGCCGUCCUUGCUGGAGUGGACGGCCAACAGGAAAAAAGCUAACAUUGUGUUGCAUCUGCAUUGUUUUGACGGAUUGUCUUUCCUGUGUCCUGUGCAUUCCUGGACCAGCGGCGAGGAUUUAGCAGGAGACAUCUUACGCCACAGGGGCGUGUCGGACUGGUGGAGGGGGAGUUCUGUCCUCAUGAAGGAACACGGCCAGUGGGUGGAGCUGGCGGGUCACGACUACGUGAUGGACCUGAUUGCAGACCUGGAGCUUCCAAGUGACUUCCCAAAGCAGAAGAGUUACUUCAUCAUCAGCACUGACAACCCCGCCAGAGUCCGAGCCAACGCCAGCCUAACUUUGUUUGGCAGUGGCUUUGACUCCGAUGACGAACUUCCAACUUGUGUUCCGCCGAGUGGGAGCUGCAGACCUGCCUACAGCAUCUCUGACUCUGAUGGUUACCACAGCCAUGUGGAGUCAGACGCCUUCAGUGAUGGUCAGACACAGAGAGGAAUGGACCGCUACCUGGACAGCUUGUUUGAUCCCGUGCUAUCAGAUGGCACCACAGACAUGGAAAAGACUGCAAGCAUGGCAGCAAGGAUGAAGGGAGGCGGAGGUGUUGGCAUCCCAGGAGAAGGAGGAGAGGGGGAGAGUCAUUUGGUCCCAAGUAGGUCCUAUCCACCUGGAAUACACCCUGGAGGAACGGAGCAGGCUCUACUGACCCAACAGCAGCAAGCCAUCAUCAACCAACAAGCCAUCAUUCUGGCCCAGCAGAUGACCAUGCAGGCCCUUGCAAUCCAGCAGCAGAUGAUGGCCUCGUUCCCUUCCUCGCCAUCGCCACCGCUGCAGUAUUACAUGCACUCGCCGCUAAACUCCCGCACUCCAAGUCCUAUGAAAGAAAGAGAGGACUCCCCCACAAGAUCCAUCAAAAUGAGUCCGACACGUGGUCCGCCUCCAGAGGACCUGGUCAGGGCCAGUGUGAGUAACACUGAGCGAAUGGAACCCAGCCACGAUAUCAAGGACAUCAUCAAACAGCACCAGCCAGCCACCGUGUCCCCACCUGGAUCUUCCAUCAAACGGAAAGAUGAUGGAACAUUUGUAAAGAAGCCGGACCCCCAUGAUGAAGCCCUGGAGAUCCUUAAAGACCAAAUGACCAACCCACCUCAACCAACUCAGAAGAAGUCUCAGUGUUUCCAUCAAAAAGAGGCAAGAGGACCAAUUCUGAAACAAACCAAUUCUGUUGCACCGACAGGCUCCGACACAGGCCCCGCCCAUCCUGCAGUCUGCAGAGAGCUACCAGUAGAAGAUGAGGUCAUCCAGACUAAACUCCACAACAGAAGCAGUGAUGAAUAUUACACCUACACCAAUGUCCCCUGGAAACUGUACCUGAGGAAGGAGGUGUUUUAUCCCAAAGAGACCCUCAAUCAUCCACUGAUGCUGGACCUGACCUUCAAACAGGUCGUACAUGACACCUUCUCUGAGGCCUGCAUCCGUAUCACCCAGGAGGAGCGACAGAAGAUGAAAACUCUCCUAGUGGAAAACCAGGUGGAUCAGACCUCAGGAACUCGGGAUGAAAAUGUGAAGAAGAAGGUGGUCGCCAUGGCGAGAGACACGUGGGAGAUCUACUUUUCUCGUCUUUUCCCAGCCUCAGGCAGUGUGGGCACAGGUGUGCAGGUGCUGGCCGUGUCCCACCAAGGCAUCAAGCUGCUCAAGCUGGUGAGGAGCAGCUCCAAUGCUCCAGAUUACUUCCGAGUGCUCAGACCUUACAGCUACCCGGAUAUCCUGUUCGUCUCCAUUCCGUCCAAGCACAUGCUGGAGUUCAACCUGGUCAAUGAGAAGCUUAUACUGUUUUCUGCCAAGGCCCCGCAGGUCAAAAGCAUGAUUGACCACUUCCUGACCGAGAUAAAGAAGGACUCUGAAUACGUGGUGGCGGUGAGGAACGACAUCAACGAGGACAGGACGCUCCUCAGCUUCCACAAAGGUGACAUCAUCAGACUGCAGCGUAUGGAUGGCCUGGAGGCAGGCAAAAGUUACGGCUGCAUCGUGAAGAAAAAAGUCAUGCUCCUGGAAGAACUUAAGAGAGACACACCUGACUUUGGCUGGCGGUUCGGGGCUGUGUACGGUACGUCUGGGGUGUUUACCAGUGAAAAUGUCCGACCCGUGGCCGCUCCUGACUUCCUACGUUUGCCAACCGAGAGGGCGGAGCCUCGUGACAGGCAGGGACGAGUCGCAGCCUCGGCCGCUGUUGCCGUAGCGAUGGGCUCGUCGGUCGCCGCCCAGGAGCUUGACCGCUCCACAGAGGUAGUGAAGGACUUGUGCGUGGACAGUCCGGGUGAAGAACUGGAGGAUCUGUCUCAGUAUGGCAGCCAGUAUCACAUCAUUGAGUUUGCCAAGAGAUACUUCAGAGAGGCACAGAGGAAGAGGAAGAAUGGGAGAGACUGUAGGGAGCCUGCUGAUAUGAUCCAAUUCUCCAAGUCUCCACUGCAGGAGUCUCUGAUCGAGUUCUCAGACAGUGGAAUGAAUAGAGUGGCUGCUGACAUCUCAUCAGCCAUCAUGAAGUUCAUGGGAGACCUGCCGUUGAAAGGUCAGACUGAGCAGGACCUUAUCACUGUCAUCCUGAAAUUGAGUGCUGACCACGGCCUGAUGAAGGAUGAAACUUACUGCCAAGUGAUGAAGCAAGUCACCGCCAACAACAGCAGCAAAACAGAAAGCUGCCAGAGAGGAUGGAGGCUCAUGUACAUCUUGACUGCUUUCCAUCGCUGUUCACACGUGAUGAAGCCAUUCCUCUUCAGCUUUCUACAUGAUGCCUGUGUUGGCAUUGGCCUGCAGUACCAAGGCAUCGCCAAGGCAUGUGAGCAGAAUCUGAGGAAAACAUUUCAAUAUGGAGGACGUGUACGGUAUCCCAACACCAUGGAACUGAAAGCCAUGAUGGCUGGGCGGAGCUCUAAAAGACAGCUCUUCCUGUUGCCGGGCGGCAUUGAAAGGCACUUGAAAAUCAAGACAUGCUCUGUCGCUUUGGAUGCUAUUGAGGAGCUCUGCUAUGAAAUGGACCUACACAGAGUGGAAGCCUUGGAUGAAUAUGCCAUAUUUUUGGUCACACACAAAGGUCGGAAUGUUCGUCCCCUAAACAAGAGAGAGUACAUUCUGGAUGUUACUACGGAAGCAGAACCAGUGGAUGCCAACUACAGUCUUUGGUUCAGAAGAGUCAUAUGGAGUUUGGCUUUGAAACUGGAUAAUGAACUCUAUGUUACCAUGCAUUACAACCAGGUGUUGCCAGAUUACCUGAAGGCCUUGCUGAGUGUGGUUCCUCAGGCAAAGGCCAGUGGACAACAUCUGCAGCAGAUUGCCAGACUGGCUGCCCUACAGCACCGUGCCAAAGACACCACCUAUCUGCCCACCACACGUGAGUUGCAGGAGUGUGUCCCUCCACAGUUUUACAGCAAACAGAAUCCUCAGCAGUGGCUCAAUAUGGCAACUCAACACAUGCAACAGGUGCAGCCGCUUAACCCACACCAGUCUCGAGCACAGUUCCUCGGUCUGGUCAGUGCUUUUCCCAUGUUUGGAUCCUCCUUCUUCUACAUCCAGAGCUCCAGCUCAGCCUCCAUCAAGGCCCCGUGCAUCCUGGCGGUGAAUCUUAACGGACUCCACUUUCUCAACAAAGACACUCACGAGGCCAUGAUGCGUUUCCCUUUAAAAGAAGUCCAGUCAACUCGCACCCAGAGACCCACUUCAGGCUCCAGUUACCCAUAUGUGGAGAUCACCAUCGGAGACCUGCUCAGCCAGCGCGUCACACAGCUUCAACUGGAGCAGGGUCUGGAGCUGUGUCGAGCGGUUGCCAUGCACAUGGAGAACAUGCUGUCGGCCCGAGAGAAGAGACUCACGUUGCCACCCAGUGAAAUAACUCUACUAUAGCAGACGUGAUUGGAACCUACACACACAUACACUGCUUGUAAGGGUCCGCAGGCCCAUUGCAAAAGGACUCCGCAGGAGUCCUUUUGCAAUGGGACAAGGACCCUAUUGAAUCUGGUGCGUUUUAUUAUUCUUUCUUUCUUUCUUUCUUUAUUCCGCACCUACGCGCUGUAAUUUGACCCCCUUAACAUGCUUCGAAUUUCACCAAAUUUGACACACACAUCGGUAUGGCAAACCUUCCCAACAUAUUAAGCAACCAAACACCAAAAAUGAAAAUUGUGCGCUAGCGCCCCCUAGGAAAAAAACAAAAACAGACUGCUUGUAACUUCCAUUAGGAAUGUUGUAGAAACAUGAAACAAAAACCUCUAUGUAGGUCUGACUUAGACCUACAUUUCCACUUAGAACCUUCUAUAGCAAAAAUCAACAGAAAUUUUGCAAAAACUCGUUCAUAGCAAAAUUUUUGCAAAAAAUGCUAUUUUUGCCUCUUUGAGCUGAAAUUUGACCCCCUUAAAAUGCUUCAAAACUCACCAAACUUGGCACACACAUCAGGACUGGCAGAAAUUGCGAUCUAAUGAAAAAAAAAAAAAAAAAAAACUCAAAA